CGGCUUCCAAAUGAGCGUGCGCUCGCUUUCGCUUUCGUUCAACCCCCAAAUCUUUCCCACCUGCGAGCGAACUCGCCAAGGCGGAGCGAUUUCGAGGGAUUGCCAUCCCGAUCUGCCGAUCUCCCCAUCCUUCGGCUUAUCUUUACCAAAGUAACCGUCCUUUGGUAGGUCGUUUCCUCCCUUCGUUGUUUGAAUUUUUUUGGGCGUGGGGGAAAAAUCCAUGGACAAAGAGAUGCUCGAGACCUUUGAGGCCGCGAAGAAGGCCGCCGACGUGGCGGCGGAGGCCGGAGGCGGGUCGCCCGAGGUGGAUCGGUGCCUGGACGCGCUGAAGCGGUUGAGGAGUCUGCCCGUCACGACGCAGGAUCUGGUGGAAACCCAGGUAGGCAAACGACUUCGCUAUCUCACAAAAAAUCAUCAUUCAAAGAUUCAAGUUGAGGCUUCUGCCUUGUUAGAAUUCUGGAAAAACGUAGUUAUUCAGGAGACUUCAAAUUCUAAGAAAAAUGGAGGUUCUGAAAAUAAAAAAUUGGUGAAAAAUAUUAAAUCUGAGAGACCAGAGGGUGUCAAGGUUGACAAGACUUCAAGGGCUGGGCCUGUCACCAUGGAUGUGAUUUCAACUUCAGAAAGUUCCAAGUUUGUUAAGAAAGAUAGGGAGCGGGGUAUGAAUGCUGAGAUUGCAAAGUCAGAAAGAGACAAGACUGAGAAGAAUGGCGGCAAUGAAUCUGUAGUUCAUUCUGUCAAUGCUGUGAGGAUAACCAAGGGAGAUCACCAAGCUGCUGCUACAAAGAAGUCAUCAGCCGGUCCUCCUAGGCUGACAACAAUGAUCAAAUGUAAUGAUCCUAUGCGAGACAAAGUUCGAGAACUUCUAGCUGAGGCUUUCUCUAAAGUUUCUAGCGAGACCAACGAAGACGAAAGAGAUGAAGUGAGAAAUAUCUCGGAUGAAGUGGAUGCAUGCGAUCCCAUCCGAGUUGCUGUCAUGGUGGAGUCUGUGAUGUUUGAGAAACUAGGCCGUUCCAAUGGUUCUCAAAAGCUUAAAUACAGGUCCAUAAUGUUCAACUUGAAGGAUGGCAACAACACAGAUCUUCGAAGAAGAGUUCUCCUUGGAGAGGUGAAGCCUGAGAAACUCAUCAUCAUGACUCCUGAAGAGAUGGCCAGUGACAAGAGGAAACUUUCAAAUGAGCAGAUCAAAGAGAAGGCCUUGUUCGAGUGUGAGCGGGGAGGGCCUCCUAAAGCCACAACCGAUCAGUUUAAAUGUGGCCGAUGUGGACAGAGAAAGACUACUUACUAUCAGAUGCAAACCCGAAGCGCGGAUGAACCGAUGACCACAUUUGUUACUUGCGUGAACUGCAACAACCACUGGAAGUUCUGUUGAGUGCAAAACGCAGCAGAAUGAUCGCUGAAGACCAUAGAUCCUGUCUUCUGUCGUAUUUGAGGCAGUAUCAUACGAAGCUUCUCUUAACUCGUCGAGCUUGAGAAGGACUGGUGCGUUCACGAGCCACGCUUCGUGGUGACCGGUGGCUGUAGAACUCCGGGCGAGCGUCCAUCCCUGCAUUAAAUCUUCUUCCCCCUCGUGCCUCGCAUCUAUGGCAACUGGAAGCUCGUCGGUGGGAGCUGCUGCUCUUCCCAGAACCCUCCAACCAUUGCGUUUUGCCAUUCCGGGCGAUCCAAUCGAUGCUGAUGGCCCCGUUGAUUGAAUCAGGCAUGGUGUUCGACUGACGUUGCUCGCCUCUUCGUGCAUCAGUCUGCUUCUCCUUUUUGGCUCCUCCAUUGCGAGUGCAUGAAGAGGAAAAGAUAGGUUAGGCUUAACUUUUGUUGGAGGGCAAGCGGUAAAGUUGUAGAUUAGGUCUGUCAUUUUAUUGGGUGAAAGAUGUGUCUCGAUGCAUUCAUGGAUCCAUACACAUCGACUGCAGACCAUCACAAACAGGCCUAUCCACACUUAUUGGGUGUCAGAUCUACUUGCAUGACCAGUUCUCCUUUCCCCCACUUGAUGACAGUCGCAAGCAUCGAGCAGAUGACCUCCAUGCAUGCACGAAGCUACUGAACAGGGCUUUCUAACGAAACCAUCCAACCUCCUCUUCCUUAUAUAUCUCCGAGGGCUGCUUCUUUCCUUGAAGACGAUCAUGGAUGAUGAGCUGCAAAGCUGCGGAGGCCGGAAGAGGACUGCCACCACCAUAGCAUUGCGUCCGCGAGAGGAAGGCCUCAAGUGCCCGCGAUGCCACUCCCCCAACACCAAGUUCUGCUACUACAACAACUAUAGCUUGUCCCAGCCGAGACACUUCUGCAAGACCUGCCGCCGGUAUUGGACCAUAGGUGGCGCGCUCCGGAACGUGCCCAUGGGUGGCGGCUCCCGCAAGAGCAAGAAGUCCAAGUCCUCGUCGGCGUCCCGCCUUCCGGUGGAUCCCGUCCGUGGACUCGCCGAAACAGGCAGCGGCCUCAGGUUUCUCGAUGGAGUACCGUCUUCUGUGGCCAUGGACUUCCACAUACGUCUGCAUGCUCCACCUGCAUCUGGGGCUUUCAGCUGCAGCAACCAGUGCAUCAACUUUGUCGACAUCUCACGCAGUGUGUAUGGUGAGGUCGGUGGUACUUCUAUAUCCUCUGCUGUGAACGGCAUCAGCGUAUCCUCCAUCGAGCCCCUGAGCUCCAUCAGCCAGGACCUCCAUUGGAAGCUUCAGCAGCAGGGACUCUCCAUGUUCACCGGACUCUCACCUCGUCCACUGGAGAACCAACAGACGCUCAAAUCUUCUGAUAUUGCAGGCAGAGCCGGAGCCGAAGCUUGUGAGGUUAAUGGAUCCAGAAAUCUUUGUGUUGGCGCUGGGGCUGAUAGUUCACCAGCAUGGUUCCCGGACAGUUCUUACACCAUGCCGACUUCAAACAGCAGUAUGCCUUGCAACACCAUCAGCAACAACAUCAACGAGAGCGCCAAGAGUGUCACCAACGUCAAUAACAUGAGCUAUUGGGGUGGAACCUCAGCAUGGAAUGAGACGCCACAGUUCUCCACACUGCCUUAGGAAAGAAGAAGGCCAAUGGAAGAGGUAGUAUGACAGAUGUGAUCUCUCCAGUUCACUGCUGCUCCUUUCCGUAAUCGUUUGCAGUUAAGCAGUCUGGGGAGUGUGAAGGAUGGAAUGAUGUUGCAAUCUUCUCCUGGCAGUCAUUUCAACUUCCUACUUUCUUUCUCUUGCUGAAAGAGUGUAUAUAUAUUUAUGUGUUUAUCAGCUGCUUCUGAUCAUAAUUUCUGCAAAUUCUCAUAGUGAUGUGUUCGAGUUCUUAUAAAACAUGUAAAUGAACAUACUCUCAGUUAAUCUUGAGCUUCUCUUUCUUUC